UCGCCUCAAUCCUCACCGUCAAUUUAAAACAAUAAUUAUCACUCCCGCCAAUCCCCGACUCUCUCUCUCUCUCUAACCACACCAGAGGCCCAUAGGCCCCAGACCUAGACAAUGUCUCCCAGAAGGGCCAGAGCAACAACCCAUCUCGCCAAAACUUUCUCACACUUUCUUCCCGGUCAACGCAGAUUGUCUACAAUCAUUGCCGGGUCAAACAACUUAAACGAUCGUCUCACAGUUGAUUGUUUUUUCUCAAAAGCCCUCAAAGUGUCCGUUAAAAUGGGCUUUCUUCGAGACGGAAAACAAGUACAUGCUCGUCUGAUGAAGUUAGGACUGUAUAAAAUGCUUUCUUUGCAAAAUCAGAUUUUGAAUGUUUAUGUCAAAUCUAAGGAAUUCCGUGACGCGUACAGACUGUUUGAUGAAAUGACUGUGAGAAACGUGGUCACUUGGAACACGGUGAUUUGUGGGCUUGUUAAUUACGGUCGUGAUUACGAGGCCAGUCUCCACAUUGGUUUCUCUUAUUUUAAGAGAAUGUUGCUUGAUAAAGUAGGUUUGGAUACUAUUACAUUGAACGGUUUGCUUCGUGCCUCUCUUGAGCUAAAUGACGUUGAGAUUGGUAAACAAGUGCAUUGUUUGAUAGUGAAAUUAGGAUUUGAAUUAAGUUGUUUCGUCAAUAGUGCUCUUGUUGAUUUGUAUGGGAAAUGUGGAUUGGUCGAGGAGGCAAGAAGAAUUUUUGAUAGAGUAUUGUCCAGAGAUUUGGUGCUGUGGAAUGUAAUGAUCUCUUGUUAUGCACUCAAUUUAUUGGGAGAAGAGGCUUUCAGAGUCUUUAACUUGAUGCAGCAGGAAAACUUGAUAGGGGAUAGUUUUACUUUUUCUAGUAUGCUCAAUUCAUGUGCGACUUUGCGUUCUUGUGAACUAGGAAGGCUAAUUCAUGGUCUUAUUAUUAAACUGUCUUUUGACAUAGAUAUUUUAGUGGCUAGUGGAGUUGUAGAUAUGUAUGCAAAGAGUGAAAAUAUAGGGGAUGCUCGCAACGCUUUUGAUGGUAUGACCGCUAAAAGUGUAGUGUCUUGGAACACUGUGGUCGUGGCUUAUGGGCAGCAUGGAAAUGGGAAGGAGGCUAUGAAAUUUCUACAGGCAAUGUUGCGAGAAUUUUUUGCUCCAGAUGAACUAACUCUAGCCAGCGUCCUUAGCUCAUGUGGCAGUACAUCAAAUUGUUGUCAAAUUAUGCAAAUCCAUGCACAUAUAGUAAAAAUUGACUUCCAAUCCUUUCUAUCGGUUGGAAAUGCUAUGAUAAAUGCAUACUCCAAAUGUGGUAGAAUUGCUAGUGCACUUAAAUGCUUUAACUCAAUUCCAGAGCCUAAUCUUGUUACGUGGACUUCAAUUAUUUGUGCUUAUGCAUUUAAUAGUCCUCCAAAAGAUAGUAUUGAGAUGUUUGAGAAGAUGUUAUCUGCUGGUGUAAGGCCAGAUAAGAUUGCUUUUCUUGGGGUUCUUUCUGCCUGUAGCCAUGCAGGGUUAAUUAAGGAGGGGCUUCAUUACUUUCGUUUGAUGGUAAAACACUAUCAUUUUUUUCCAGAUUCAGAGCACUAUGGUUGUCUCAUUGACCUUUUUGGUCGAGCUGGGCUUUUGGAUGAGGCUUUUAAUGUCUUGACCACAAUACCAAUUGAAUACAGAUCAGACACCUUGGGAGCCUUUAUUGGGGCAUGUAAAAUCCACAAAGAUGUGAUAUCAGCUAAAUGGGCCAUGGAAAAGCUUUUAGAAUUGAAGCCACAUGUACCUGUAAAUUAUGCUCUUAUGUCUAACAUGUAUGCUAAUGAGGGUCAGUGGCAUGAUGUGGCAAAAGUGCGCAAACUGAUGAGGGACAGGUGUGAUCACAAAGUUCCAGGUUUUAGCUGGAUGGAACUUGGUGGUGAUAUACACAUGUUUGUGUCAAGUGAUAAAUGCCACCCUCAAGGUUUAGAAGUUUAUUGCAUGCUAGGGAGAUUGUUUGGGCUGAUGAGGGAUGAAAAUACAAUUUCCAAGCUGCAUGCCAUGCAAGAAAAUCUGCUGGAUGAAUGUGCACUAUAAUUUCUCUGGAUGAUCAGAUGCCUUGCCUAGAAACAAGGUGGUGAAGUCUUGUGAUGAAACAUAAGUUUGUUUCUCAGUUUGAGGGGGAGCAAAAACUCGAAGAACUACGAUCAGAGACAUGGAUAGUACACAUCUCUCAAAUCAUGCAGCAAAAGGUAAGACAUUCCAGGGGGAGGGGGUCUGAAUAACUUGAUAUCCCAAGGGGUCAGAACCAGCCAAAUCAGCCAAAUGAUUGGUGCAAAAUCGUAAUAAUUCUCUAACUUUGAAAUUGCAUUAAAAUAUUUUUCUUUUGGGGGUUUUGGUGGGGAUUUAACAUCUCUAACUUGCAUUCUUAUUUUUCAUGAAUUUUCACGUGUCAAGUUUCCAUUCUUAUACAUAAACUUGCACGAAAUGAGGUGAUGCUUAAUCCUUCUUUCUGGAGCAUGUUAGGCUUCAUGUAAUGUCAAUUUGACAGUAAAUGUAAGCCAACCUAGCCUUCUUUUCCUUAUUUUGGAGAAAUGAAACCAAUCAAUUCUCUGUGUUCGUUUAGGUGAGAUUAAUUCAGGGUUUAUUGAAAAUAGGGAAAUACGAGUCAUUUCAACUCGUCUUCAUUGCCACCUUCAUUGUGUUCAUAAGCCAACCUGGUAUUGAAGGAAGCAGUUUCCUUGAAACUUGGACAAUCUUCAACUAAUUACAGAAUUCUGUCGUUCUCCACUCCAACUUUAGUACAAAUAAUUAUUUGUGGUUCUGAUAAACUCCAUCUUAACUACAGACGCCACUUGAUUGACUUGGAAUGGAAGAGAUUAGUGCUUAUUUCCCGUGCAGUGAACACGUGUUUGAAGAGCAAAUGAGUGGAGCAUAAUCUGGGGCCCAGUCUGAUAGACCCCUAUAGUGACACUUGGCAUGUCUCCAACAACCAGUUGUAUCCGUUUCUAUUUUGAAGUGGUUCGCAGGAAUUUUUGCCCAACGAACCGUUAUUUUCACUCCUCCAGUGUUUUUGUUUGAAAACAACCGUUAUUCCAAUUUUGAUCAUACUACACAAAAAAAAGAAAAAAAAAGACUGAAUAUUGGGAUUAAAUAUAUAGUAUUUAAUUUUAGAUAAUUUUCUAAGAAAA